CACAUUCCGUCUUUCUUUUUGUGCUUUAUAAAUGUGUUGCAAUAGUGUGCAGUAGUUACACAAAUGUAUUAGGACUACACUAUUAAGUACUUCUUCCCUAGGGCUAUUAGAGCAUGGAAUAGGUUGCCUGAGCCAGCCUGGAAAACUAGUGACUUAGCAGAAUUUAGGUCAUUGCAUGACUGAAGGCAUGACGCGUGGGAUAAGGAUAUGUGCUGCUUUGAAGUAGCGUCUAUAUUAUAUAAGAAGAUUUUUUUCUCUGACUUCAUGUAGAGUUUGUAAAGAUGGUUACUUGUCCUACUCUUCAUAGCGACUACUUUACCUAUGGUGAUUUCAUUCAAAAGAAAUACUUUCCAAAAUUACCAAAAGAAAUUACUGAAGAUGAUCGCCAGAAACUUCAUACAUUUUUGAAUUGCAUGUCUGAUCUGACGGGAAUAAUUCUGCUGAAAAAGAAAGCAGCCGUUAAAAAUUUGUGGGAAUACGCCGGAACAGGUUUUAUCGCCAAAAUUGAACGUCAAAGGCAUUGUCCUACAGAAAGGGUGCCAACAAAUAGUCCGUAUGCUAUUGUGACCAUUACGUCUGCCUAUCACACUUUUAAUGACUACAGGGAGGGAACCAAAGAAAAAUUUGAGGCUGUUAAUGAUAUUUGGAAUAAGAUGACAACUUGUUUUGUACUAGAUCACAAUCAUCGAGACGGAAAUGAAGACGACGAUAGUGCCAAUGAUACACAGCAUCAUGACUCUGACAACCGCAGCGAAAAUUCCCAAGAAGGUGACGCCGAAAAAUCCAACAAAAGUUCAGAAGAAGAUGACCCUGACAAUGGCAGCAAAAGUUCUCUAGAAGAUGAUGCUGACAAAAGCAGCAAAUGUUCUCAAGAAGAUGAUGCUGACAAAAGCAGCAAAUGUUCUCAAGAAGAUGAUGCUGACAAAAGCAGCAAAUGUUCUCAAGAAGAUGAUGCUGACAAAAGCGGCAAAUGUUCUCAAGAAGAUGAUGCUGACAAAAGCAGCAAAUGUUCUCAAGAAGGUGACUCUGACAAAAACAGCAAAUGUUCUCAAGAAGAUGAUGCUGACAAAAGCAGCAAAUGUUCUCAAGAAGAUGAUGCUGACAAAAGCAGCAAAUGUUCUCAAGAAGAUGAUGCUGACAAAAGCAGCAAAUUUUCUCAAGAAGAUGACUCUGACAAAAGCAGCAAAUGUUCUCAAGAAGAUGAUGCUGACAAAAGCAGCAAAUGUUCUCAAGAAGAUGAUGCUGACAAAAGCAGCAAAUGUUCUCAAGAAGGUGACUCUGACAAAAGCAGCAAAUGUUCUCAAGAAGGUGACUCUGACAAAAGCAGCAAAUGUUCUCAAGAAGAUGAUGCUGACAAAAGCAGCAAAUGUUCUCAAGAAGGUGACUCUGACAAAAGCAGCAAAUGUUCUCAAGAAGGUGACUCUGACAAAAGCAGCAAAUGUUCUCAAGAAGAUGAUGCUGACAAAAGCAGCAAAUGUUCUCAAGAAGAUGAUGCUGACAAAAGCAGCAAAUGUUCUCAAGAAGGUGACUCUGACAAAAGCAGCAAAUGUUUUCAAGAAGGUGACUCUGACAAAAGCAGCAAAUGUUCUCAAGAAGAUGAUGCUGACAAAAGCAGCAAAUGUUCUCAAGAAGGUGACGCUGACAAAAGCAGCACUUCUAGCGAAGGAGAUCCAAUGGAUCACAUAGACUUCACAAACCAAUUGAUCGGCGACAGACUUAUAGAGACAGACAAAGAUCUAGAAUUUGAAAAUGACUGGUGUGCCUUUGAAUGUGUAGUUGAUGAUCCUGAAUUAAUCGAGAAGCUAGAAAAUCUUGUGAAAAAAUAUCAAAAGCUUAUGGCUGAGCUGUACAAGAAAUCUCAAGAACAAAUGUAUAGAGAUGUCAAUUUGGUGGUCAUUUUCGGACAUCCACAUCAAUGGGCCAAACGAAUGAGCGUCGGAAAAACACGUGACUUUGCAUCGGCACCGAAAAGGAAGAUCCUGAAAGAAGUGAGACCCAAUCAAGUCUGGUGUCGUUACAGCUAUGACAAUGCAACAUGCGUAGGAAGCAGUGGUUCUCCAAUCUUUAUAUGGGGGCAACCUAUAUCAGGACUAGGCUAUUGGUUUGGUCACCCACACAACCAUUCUGGAAAUCAGAUAGAUAAAGAUGAAGGUGUUUGUAUUGGUAAAAGCACAAUUGGAGUUGAACACAUUGUUUAGUUUGACGUCCCAAUGUCUCUGUAACAACUUUACUUAUCAAUGUAAACUUCUAUUGAAUAAAUCUGUUGUAUUUUUUAAA